GGAAGCGCUCGCGGCGGCCGGAGCGAUGGCGGCGGCGGCGCGGCGGCUUGGGCUGCGCGCGGUGUGCGUGGGGCCCGGCCCCGCGGGGUCGGAGAGUCGGGGGUGGGCGCGGAGCGCCGCCGUCCGGUGCGCGCCGUCCCCGCCGGCCCUGGCCCGCGCCGCCUGGACGCGCGUCGCGGUCGCCCCGCGCCCGGGGGUGGCCUGGGGGCCCAGCAGGUGUGGCAGUUCUGUGGCAGAAGCACCUGCCACAAAAGCAGAAGACGACUCCUUUCUCCAGUGGUUUCUGCUUCUCAUUCCUGCGACUGCUUUUGGCCUGGGCACUUGGCAGGUCCAGCGUCGGAAAUGGAAGCUGAAACUGAUUGCAGAAUUAGAGUCUAGAGUUACGGCUGAGCCUGUCCCGCUGCCAGCAGACCCAAUGGAACUGAAAAAUAUGGAGUAUAGGCCGGUGAAGGUCAGGGGGCACUUUGACCACUCCAGGGAGCUGUACAUGAUGCCCCGGACCAUGGUGGAUCCUGCCCGGGAGGCCCGGGAAGCUGGUCGGAUCUCCUCCUCAACCGAGAGUGGGGCCUAUGUAGUCACCCCCUUCCACUGCACUGACCUGGGAGUCACUAUUCUUGUAAACAGAGGGUUUGUCCCCAAGAAGAAAGUGAAUCCGGAAACUCGGCAGAAAGGACAGGUUGAGGGAGAAGUUGACCUAGUUGGGAUGGUGAGGCUUACAGAAACCAGGAAGCCCUUUGUUCCUGAGAAUAAUCCAGAAAGGAACCACUGGCAUUACCGGGACCUGGAGGCCAUGGCUAGGAUCACAGGCGCAGACCCCGUUUUCAUUGAUGCCGACUUCCCUAGACAACCCACUGUCUGCAGAGAGCACAGUCCCCGGAGGACCCAUCGGAGGGCAGACCAGAGUCACUUUGCGGAAUGAACACAUGCAGUACAUCGUUACCUGGUAUGGCCUGUGCGCAGCUACAUCGUACCUGUGGUUUAAGAAAUUCUUGCGCCGGACACCUGGCAUGUGAAGUCAGUGGUCCCUGAAUAAUCAGAAGGUCCCUGCAUAGAUGCCAUUUCAAGAGGCUGACUUUACUGGAUCAUGUAUUAUCAGUAUAAAUAAAAGCUUUGCAGACACACUUA